CAGCAGUGCUACGCAGCAGCGCACAGUUAGCAUCUUGCGCUUGAACCGGACGUGCACAUUUCCCAUGUGCUCCACACAUGGUGGUGGUGUUUUUGCGCGUGUAAAACUAAUUUCGUGAACGGUGAACGUGCACAUUGUAGCAGCUUCAAUCAAACACACAGUCGCUGGGCGUGGUGAGGGGUUGUAUAAAGCGAAUAAGCGAUGGACUUUCAACGAUCAACGACCAUCACGAGCACGGUCACUCGCAUACCGGAAGAUGAGUAUGUGAACCCGUUCGUGCUGAAGCUAGAUCUAGAUGACCCAUGGGAAAGGCGGAAGACUUAUCUAAUGACGCUGCUGGUGCUGCCGAUUCGUGCCCUACUGAUGGGUGUUUGUUUACUGGUGGCGUGGGCGUUCGCCUCCAUCGGGCUGUAUGGGCUGACCGAGAAGGAGCGUCGUUCCAUACCGAUUUCCGGCUGGCGACGUGAAAUGCGUGAGCUGACAGCACUGGCGAUGCGAUUUCUCUACUUCUUCGGUUCAUUUCACCGUAUCAAGGUGAAUGGUGUUUGUGCAUCUCCCCGCGAGGCACCAAUUGUCGUCGUUGGUCCCCACUACAGUCUGUUCGAUUCGAUCGUCGUAGCAUUCUGUGGUCCAUCCACCGUGGUAGCGAAGAGUAAAGCCGCAGAUCUGCCUCUUAUUGGCAAAAUAAUCGACAUCACUCAACCGAUCUACGUCUGCCGGGAGGAUCCAAACUCGCGUCACAUCACGCGCCAUCUUAUUAUUGAGCGCGUCAUCUCGAAGGAGGACUGGCCGCAGAUCUUAAUCUUCCCGGAAGGUACGUGCAGCAAUGGCAAUGCGGUGGUACAGUUUAAACCGGGCGCAUUUGGACCGGGACUACCGGUGCAACCGGUCGCGAUUCGUUAUCCGAACCCAAUCAACACGGUGUCCUGGACGUGGCAGGGUCCUGGAGUGCCGGUACUGUUAUGGCGCACUCUAACCUCCUUACACACCGCGCUCGAGAUUAACUUCCUGCCGGUGUACUAUCCCAACGAGCAGGAGCGUAACGAUGCGAAGCUGUACGCGCUCAACGUCCGGAACUACAUUGCGCAUUCACUGGGAAUUCCUGGCACCGAGCAUGGGUACAACGACUGCAAGCUGAUGAACUACAUGAUCGCCAUCGGUAUGCCGUACUUUGCGUGGAGUCAUGACAUUGGAAAGAUGCGCAAAUGGCUGGGACUUGCGGAUGGAGCCGUCGAACGGAGUGUACUAGACCAGUACGGACCUUUUACGGAGAAAAACUCCCACAUCCCGUUGGAUGAAUUUGCCGGUCGGCUGAACAUUUCCGUGGAGAACGAUUCGACGAGAAUUUUGUUUAAAAUAUUCAACAAGGAUAAUGAUAGCGCAGGAUUGAUUGACUUCAGAGAAUAUCUACAUCUUGCACUGUUUAUGUCCACCCUGGGCAAACCAAAGCUCGAUCUAUUGAAGUUACUGUUCAAGCUUUACGGCGUGGAACAAGGUCUGAUAGCAAGAGAUGGUCUGUACUCAGCAGUUAAGCAUCUAUCCUCUAUUACGCCGGAACAGUGCGACCAGCUAUUCGUAAAGGCAGACAACACCAAUCGAGGCCUCAUUACCUUAGAUCAAUUUGAACGAAGCAUCAACUGUCACCCGAUUCUGAUCGAUCUCCAGGAAGUUAAUGAACCAAAGCCGUAUGCAGCACCGCAGCAGCAAACGCAAACCAGCUAGACGAACGGGAGACGGUUGCAGACAGUGGAACACUAUUAUUGCCAAUUCCGCCAUGCGUGUUGGCCAGUUUGAUUUAGUGGUAUUAGCGUAAUGAUAAUGAUACAGCUACAAUUAUGUUCCUUCCCCUUUGUAUUGUGCACGUGCGCGUGCCUAAUCGGUUUCCUGCUGUACGUCACACUCCGCGAUUCGGCACACCAGCGGCACAUCGAUCAACCGCGGCAGGUGACGCGGCGCAUGCACCAGCAGAAAAUCAUCCACCAGCUGUCGGCGGUACCGGUGCCAGAGCAGCUCGUUGAGAAACCAACGGAAGAGCCGCUCGCGCGAUGGUUGCCGCUGCUCGAGAAAGAUCCUGAUGCGGUUCCAGAUAUUUCCACGGUUUUGCGGUUUCUCCAGCAGCCAGUAGCGCGGUAUCAGCAAACACUGGACGUGGGUGCGUGCGAACACAGCCCGGUCGACCAUAUGUUCACCGAUGCCGAAGACCGACCCGCGACUGUACGUAGCAAUGUCGACGAAAUGGUGCUCGAAUUUGGUCGCCUUAUGUGUGCUACAGCAAAAGAACAGUAGGAAUAGUUAGCUAGGAAGGAAAUACGUCGAAAGAGCAUAGUUUACAGAAGGUAGCAGACGACAGGAAGAGCAGUUUUAAUCACACUAUUGUUAAACAUCGGUACAAAAUUUCUCAAUGUACUUAGUACGCCAAGGUAACACAAUGGAAAUAUCAACCGUUACAUCUAGCGAAGAACGUUUACAUUAAUGUACCUUAUCAGGCUUCUGACGAAAUGGUCACAGUUACUUAGGGUAUACAAGAGAGAGUGAUGGAGUACAUCAUGCUUUUUUUAAAAGAGUUUAAUUUUUAAGGUAAAUUUUAAAUCAUUCUGUUUGCCUCCAGUGUAUUUUCUCAGUUUUGUAUUGAUGGAGCUCACUAGUUUUCGAUCUUGUAUCACGUAAACCAUUUAACACUUUUAAUUAUAGUGGAUAAUAAUAUUGUGGAAUAUAAAAUAUA